GGCACUGACUGGCAUCACUGCUGGGCACUGACUGGCAGCACUGACUGGCACAACCCCUGGUCACUGACUGGUGGCGCUGACUGGCAGCACUGCUGGGCUGCACUGGUGGGUGGGCACAGGUGGGUGGCACUGCUGGGCACAGGUAGGUGGCACUUCUGGGCACAGGUGUGUGACACUGCAGAGUGGCACAGGUGGGCGGAGCUAGUGGGCACACUGCUGGGCACAGGUGGGCGGAAAUUGCGGGGUGGCACUGCUGGGCACCGAUCAUCAGGGCACUGAUCAUCAGUGCCCUGAUGAUUGGUGCCGAUCCCCGCUCUGACAACUGCCGGUUCUCGGCAGUACUUUCCUCACGAUCUGACAGCGUGAGGAAAGUGCAGCCGAGAACCGGCACUUGCAU